GAGGCCGGGGCAGAUCGUCGUGUGCUGUACUGCGCAUCAUAUAUUUUAUAUAACAGCAAGCAUUGUACAUUUGCUGAGUAUUUUCUAGUACUAAUAUAGCAUGGUUUCACUAUUAUGUAUGCAUUUGCAUUAUUUCAGAUUGGGAACUUUAUGUUGAAGGCAUAUCGCAAAUCAAGUGCCACUAUUGUGGCUAAUCGUUAUUGUGGCUAGCUUCACAUAGCAACAAAAAGCGAAAGUGCCUGAAAAGCUGACUCAGUCACUGUAGCUAGCUACAUUUUACACUUGUUUAGUGAGGAUAUAGACAUUGUCAAGGGACCGCAUCACGUCAUCUGUAUCAUCUAACGCCUGAUAUUUAUGGUAUAAAUGAAUCAUCGUUCGGUCAUCGUUUUGUGCAAGGGACAAUGAUCAUCACCCUUGACAUGGACACAUCUCAGUAAUGGAUUCCCAGAGGAAAAGCUCUGGUCCGAAGGAAAGUUCUGGGGAGCGAGGUUUGCUCUACAUCUGGAAGGGCUACUCUUGCAGUGUCACCCCAGAGAAAGUGCUCCUGCCUAGGCCUGUGCUGCAGGCUGCCCUGGGGACACGGCAUGGGGUACUACUGGUGGACGGUGGGCAGGUGUACAGCUUUGGCAAAUUGCCAUGGAAACAGAGCCAGGUGUCUGAGGCAGGGCCUCUGAAUCCGGUCCUGGAGAAUGCCCUUGGUGGCCAGCGCGUGGUUGCCGUGGUGGCGGGCAGCUUCCACAGCGGGGCGGUGACCGAGGACGGAGGGGUCCACAUGUGGGGCGAGAACACCCACGGCCAGUGUGGCUUGUCCAGCCUCAGCGUGGUCCCCAACCCCACUCCUGUCGCGGUCCUGGAGCCGGACACCAGCCCCCCCCAGAUGGUCCGGGUCUUAGAGCUGGCGUGUGGGGAGCAGCACACCCUGGCUCUCUCCGCCCAGCAUGAGGUGUGGGCCUGGGGCAGCGGCUGCCAGCUGGGCCUGGUCACCACCACGUUCCCUACGUGGAAGCCCCAGAAAGUGGAGCACCUGGCGGGCAGGCACGUCCUUCAGGUUGCCUGCGGGGCCUUCCACAGCCUGGCCCUGGUCCGCUGUCUACCAUCACAGGAGGCCCGCCGACCCCCUCCGGACAAAUGCGGCCGGUGCAAUCAGCUGCUCUACACCAUGACGGACAAGGAGGACCACGUCAUCAUCUCCGAUAGUCACUACUGCCCCGUAAUGGUGGACAUGCUGGGGGAGGCCAGGUUGGGCCCUGGGGGGUCGCCGCCUCAAGUGCCCCCGAGCACCACUUCAGAGGCCCCCCUUACCUCUCCCACGGCGCCGGGGCCCCUUCCCUCGAGUGCAGGAGACAUAGACACUGAGAGAGAGAAGACCGUGGCACCAAAUGGGGAAGCGGUUCCCACCACAGGCUCCGACACGUCCGCCACGGGGACGCACUCCGGCGUGGGGGGUACAGGGUCCCAAAUCCCCCCCUACCCCGAUGAACAGGCUGUGAAGGAGUAUCUGAAGAAACUCUCUGACUCUGCUCUGGCCAAGGAGACCGCCAAGAUGAGCAUUGGGAGUGCGGCUUUGCAGCCGCCAUCAGAUGGCGUUGACCACCUGACCUCCGACCUCACCCCCGGGGUGUCGUUGCCAGUGACGACCAGCAGCUCUGGCCUGAACAGCCUGGUGUCGUCCUGCGCCUCGGCUGUCGGGGAGAGAGUGGCGUCCACCUACGAGGCCCUGUCCCUCAAGAAGAUGAUUAACUACUACUACCCAGGCGUGGGGGGUGUCCCGGGGCUACCCGGAGGGUUUCCAGGAGGCCCAGCGGAGGAGUCCAUGCAGGGGAAGAAGAGCUGCAGCACCGGGGACAUCCGUGAGGAGGAGGCAGAAGGCCUGAGUCGACGUCUCUCUCUGCCCGGACUCUUCUCCCAGGUGUCCCCCAGGCUGCUGCGGCGGUCCAGCCGGGCCCGGGUCCGACCGGUGCCCCUCACCCCCGUGGGCGGGGUCCCAGAGGCGGGGGACCUUCUCCCCUCCCUGCAGACAGAGGUGUGGAGCUGGGGCCGAGGUGACGAAGGCCAGCUGGGACAUGGGGACAACCUCGCCAGGCCACAGCCGCUGUGCAUCAAGUGUCUGAGCAGUAAGGAGGUGGUCCGUGUGGAGGCUGGGGCCCGUCACUCCCUGGCCCUGACCACCCAGUCCCAGGUCUUCUCCUGGGGUUGUAACGGUUCUGGUCAGCUGGGACAUAUGGAGGCGCCUACCACCGUCCCACGCCUGGCCAAGUUGUCAGAAGGGAUCCGUGUGUGGGACAUCAGUGCCGGAGAGCAUCAUACCCUCCUCCUGGCAGACGGCGACUGUUACCAACCCAUCCUGUACUACAGUGGACAGCAAGUCAGAGAGGGGGAGCAGGAGAUGCCUCAGGAGCACCCGGGAGGCCACAGCUACACACAGCAGCCUGUACUGCUCCCCUUCUGCAUGAACUUGGGCUUCGUCGGGGGGGUGUUUGCCGGAGGCCAGACCUGUGUAGCUCUAACCGACUGCAAUGUCAUGGGAUUCGUCGCCUGUCUCUACGAGUUGGCCGCAGCCGAGAGGAAGUUCUACUGCAAGCUGAGCUCUAUGAAGUGCCAGAUAAUACGCCCCCUUCUGGACCUGGGUGAGAACUACAGCUCCCCUGGACAGAGGCCAUGGGUCAGAGAAACGUUGAGUGCAGCUCUGGGCCCAGUAUCCACAGUGUUGCUGCAGCACCUAGCUAGGUGUUUCAGCCGCCUGGGUCACCUCACUGGCCAGCACUCUGCCUCCCUCACUGCCAACCUGCGCCGAGGCCGAGAGGUUAAAAGCUUGGUAAUGCUGGAACAUGCCAGCCUUUUCCUGGAUACAUACAACGAGUACUGCUGCUCAGUGGGUAACUUCCUGGUUAUGGGGGGUUUCCAGGCUCUGACCAAGCCCUCACUAGAUUUCUUUGGGAAGAGUCCAGAGUUGUUGCUGCGCCUGGCUGAGUCCAGCGAAGAGAACAUUCCCCUGAGUGACCUGCUGGUGGCGCUGUUCUACGUUCCCAUGAGACACCUUCACGAAUACGGCAGGCUUCUGCUCAAACUGGGAACCUGCUUUGAGGUGAGUUCGGUGGAGUACCAGAAGCUCCAGGACGGCUGCUCUAAGUUUGAGGCCUUGGCUCUUCAUCUGAAGAGGAAGAAGAAGGAGGCAGAAUACACGUACCACUUCUGGAAGAGCUUCCCUGGCAAGAUGACGGAUUCCUUGCGUAAGCCUCACCGCCGGCUGGUCUGUGAGAGCAGCAAUAAGACCCUGAUGUUACAGAACGCCGGACGCUUCUCCGUCAACUGGUUCAUCCUCUUCAACGACGCCCUCGUCCACGCCCAGGGCGUGGUUCCCUAUAAAAGCUUUUUCUCCACCCACCACGUCUUCCCGUUGGCAACGCUGUGGGUCGAGCCCGUCCCGGAGGAGAACACAGGCCUGUAUGGACUGAAGGUGACCUCACCUGAGGAGACCUUCACCCUGCUAGCCUGUUCUCCCAUGGAGAAGGCCAAGUGGCUGCGCUUCAUCAACCAGGCGGUUGAACAGGCCAUUAUUGGCACGGAACUAGAGGCGGGACCCACAGGCUUAGGGGCGGGGAGGAGGGCGGAGCCUCCCAUUUCCCGGACUGCCUCCUACACAUUUUACAAGGAAGGCCGUCUGAAGGACGCCACAUACGAGGGCCGCUGGCUGGCUGGCAAGCCCAACGGCAGGGGUGUGGUGAAAUGGCCUGAUGGGCGAAUGUACACAGGGACCUUCAAGAACGGUCUGGAGGAUGGUUUUGGAGAAUACGUAAUUCCCAACAAGACCCUGAACAAGAAGGACCAUUAUCAAGGCCACUGGAAAGAGGGCAAGAUGCAUGGCCUCGGGACGUUCAAGUAUGCCUCAGGUGAGCUGUAUGAGGGCUUCUUCCAGGACAACAUGCGUCACGGUCACGGGAUGCUGCGCAGCGGCACGCUAAACUCCUCCUCCCCCAGCGUCUUCAUCGGCCAAUGGGUGCACGACAAGAAAACAGGCUAUGGCGUAUUCGAUGACAUCACCAGAGGGGAGAAGUACAUGGGCAUGUGGCAGGAGGACCAGCGGCAGGGCUUGGGUGUGGUGGUGACCCAGUUCGGCCUGUACUACGAGGGGACCUUCAGCAGUAACCGGAUGCAGGGGGCCGGCGUGCUGCUGUCCGAAGACAACACCACCUACCAGGGAGAGUUCUCAGAGGACUGGACCCUCAACGGGAAGGGCGUGCUCACCAUGGCUAACGGAGACUACUUCGAGGGCUCCUUCAACGGCGAGUGGGGCUCCGGCCUGAAGGUGGGCGGCUCCUACUUCAAACCCAGCGUCUACGAGUCAGAGCGGGACAAGAGCCGCGUUGUUCAGCUGGGCGUCUUGGCGGUGCGACCGGAGGAGAAAUGGAAGGCUGUGUUCGAGGAGUGCUGGAGGAGUCUUGGUUGUGAGGCUGCGGGCCAGGGGGAGAACCAACUGGCCUGGGAGAACAUCGCUGUAGCCCUGACGACCAGCAGGAGACACCACAGAGACAGGUUGCAGGAUGCGGGAGAACAGAUGAAUGUGCAUAUUCAUGAGCAAGUCCCGGAGCUGAACCUGAGCCGGAGUCACAGUAGAACCCUGGAGAGUCUGGAGUUCAUCCCCCAGCAGCACGGAGGCCCGUUCUCCAUGGAGAAGUACCACACUAUCCGCCAGUACCUUGUCAAGGCCUGUGACACGCCCCUGCACCCCCUGGGCAGACUGCUGGAGACCCUGGUAGCCGUCUACAGGAUGACCUAUGUGGGUGUGGGGGCCAACCGACGCCUCCUACAGCAGGCCGUCAACGAGAUCAUGUCCUACCUGGUCCGCAUCUUCCAGAUCGUCAGGUUCCUGUUCCCAGAUCUGCCGGAGGAGGGUGGAGCGAUCCCUGAACCAUCCACUAACUCCCAGGCCAAGAAGGAAUCCACAGGCACCCAGCUGGAGUCCCCCAAACCUGGGCUCGUGGUGAGCAGUUCGGCUCUGCUCCUGCCCGUCUUGCUGCCCCGUCUCUACCCUCCGCUGUUCACCCUCUACGCCCUGGAGAAGGAGAGGGAGGACGACGUGUACUGGGACUGUGUUCUCCGCCUGAACAAGCAGCCUGACAUGGCCUUGCUGGCCUUCCUCGGAGUGCAACAGAAGUAUUGGCCCGUUUCAGUACCGGUCCUGGGCGAGAAGACCGAGGUCUCGUCCAGCACCAAAGAUGCGUGUUUUGCGUCCGCAACUGAAACUUUGCAACAGAUCAGUACAACGUUCACGCCGUCGGACAAGCUGCAGGUCAUCCAGCUGACCUUUGAGGAGAUCACAAAGGAAGUGAUGUCAUCCCUGAAGGACAACUUCCUGUGGUCAAUGGACGACCUGUUUCCUGUCUUCCUUUAUGUGGUGCUGCGUGCUCGGAUCAGAAACCUGGGGUCGGAGGUGAGUCUGAUUGAGGACCUGAUGGACCCCUGUGUACAGCACGGAGAACACGGCAUCAUGUUCACCACCCUGAAGGCAUGUUACUAUCAGAUACAGCAUGAGAAGAUCACAUAAGGACCUCAGUGUGGGCAGUUCUGUACUAUUCACUCUAGUGCUAGCCCGUCAGCCAGCCAAUCAGACGGCAGGGAUUGAAGAGCUUUGGAGUGAUGUGUCAGGGUUGUCACGGUGACAAACUGCUGCUUACUGUCCAUCUGCUCCCCAGUAGCAGGACUCCUCUCUCUCACACUCACUCACUCACUCACACACACACACCAACUUCAAAGCACCCUGUCCUAACCAAUGCACCAUGUGGACCUCAAGGUAAGCCCAAGGUGCUGUGAAGCUCUUUUGGCCUGUUUAUCUGGUCAGAGCCUUUAACACCUUAGACCCUGAAUGAAGGAAUCUGUUAGAUGUAGUGGGAGGCGGCCUACUGGGAUGUGGGCAGGGCCAUUGGAGUACCAGCCUCAACGUAGACUGUUGGGAAUGUGACUGGCUGUUUCUCAUCUCAUGCCUGGCUGUUUCUAAUCUUUUAACAUACUAGUAGUUAGGAAGUCCUUGUGAAAAGAAACCGAAAUGCUGCGGUCCAACCGGGACCAACCUAAAACGCCAAGGAGUCGUCUUGUUUGUACAGUAUGCAGGGCCGGAUCUUGGCAUCAUUUAGUCAAAUUUUGCUUUGGGCCCCAAAAGGCUAGGACCUCGGCAGAAUGCAUGAAGAGGUCAACAUGGCCAACGGUUGCUUUCAUCAUUGUCUUAUGGGCCAGACGUCACACUACAUCACUUUGAAGCGUUGACGUCACUUAACAGGGAAGGAUUUCACGCGACCAACGCCGUGGUUUUUGCGCCUGUGGUUCCAUUAGCCUGCACUCACUUGUAUUCCAGUCUUUAAAUGCACUUGUGGCACCGGGUUCAUACAGUUGCAAUGUCAGUGUUUUAAUUGCUCUGGACAAUACAGAAUAUACAGCUUAGCAUUCAGGCAACUGACGGUGUGAGGUUUUGUGGCACCAUACGGUUUCCCAGGUAACUGAGUGUCAGCUAAUGUGCAUCUCACCUGGAAGACUUUCAACACGUGUUUUAUGGGGGUAUUUUUAACCAUUGUUUGCACAGUAUUUAUUGUAAGUUACACAGCGGUUCUUUCAGGUAAUUUUGCGUAUUUCUACACUAUAGCAAAAUUGACAUUAAUGUGCUAAAAAUGUUAAUUAAUGUUAGCUUCCUCAAAUCAGAUGGAGACUUACUGGGAAGCAAUAUUGUCCAUAUAUGUAUUUGUUUGGUAUUCUCCGGUCGUGUUGAAGGAGUUCUUCCAUAGUAUUUGUAUCUACCAACCUACCAAGGCAAUCACUGCCAUGUGGAAACUGUCUUUGUUCAACCAGUGUUCUGGUCAUGUCAUAAGUACAUUUGUGAAUAUCUUCACCUGUGGUUAUACAGUUACAUUUGAAGUAUGCCAAAGGCAAUUCUUUCUGUAAAAUAUUUGCAACAAAUUUAUGAAUAUUUUUUACAAUCUCCAAUCUGGGCAGUAUUACUCAUCUGGAUGACCAAGUUGUUCCAACUUUUAAUUCACUGUUUGACGGACUGUGCAGUGCUUUAUUGCUAUUUUAAAUAUAAUUUGUAACCUAGUAUCCGAUCGUGUGGUUCGCUCAUUCCUAGAUUUAUCAGUAUUUUUCUUUCUUUUUUUUGGCUAAGAACUUUCUGGUUAUUUAUCGGCAUCUAUUUGCACCGGAACCAUGAGACCAUUGGUGUGGCAUGAUGGGAUAUUUCUACAGCAUUUGAUCCAUUGACUAUGAAGGAUACAGUUUGAACUUUAGUAUGUCAAAGUGAAAGGCCUCUGCUUGUACUUCCAGGUUACAUUAGACUGAGGAUUGGCUGUGUUGUCUUGUCUUUUUUAAUGUGAACAAUGAUGUCAACAUUUUGUCAAAUGUAAAUAAUGUAUCUUGUAAACAAUGGGCAAUAAAAGAACAUGACAAUUGGAAGAAU